GGUACGACUUGAUUUCCUCUGCACUCUCUCGUUUACCCUUCCGAUUCCCAACGAGCGGUGCGGCUCCCGGGUCCCAUGGCUGAACCCGCCCUGCAGCAAGCGCCGGCCAACGACGGCCCCGCUGCCCCCGCCGUGGAAGCUACCCUCCCCGGCCCGGGUUCCAAGCGGCAGCGCCGGCCCAGCGUCCGCCUCGGCGACAUCGGUGAACAGCCGGCGGCCAUUCCGCACGAACCAUUCGUCCGCCGGAGCAAGCACUGGAAGCACUCCGCCGCUGCUGGGAGAGAUCAUCCCCGCCACCCUCAUGUCUCCAAGGCACGUCCCGUCAUCACUCCCGUCCCCGACGGCUCCAGGGAGUCUCCGGGCUUUUACCAGGCACCGCCGUCUUCCGCCGCGAUCAACGGGGUGCUCCUCCCCGUCGACGAGAACCUCGAGCCUCUUUCCGUCGGGGUAAGGCGGUACCGCGACGCGAAGGCCCGGAGGAGCGGCGCCGGCGGGGCCGCGGGCAGGCGGGCGAGGUCAAGCUGGACCUCCUCCAAGGUCGAUGAGGGAAUCGACGCCACCGCUGCCGACUUGAAAUCGAGCGGCGGGGAGGACGCCGGAGAGGGAGGUUGCAGGGAGUUUGAUGAUCUCCGGGCGGAGGAUUCCGAGAGUCCAUCCGAUAGAAGAGAGGCGGCGGCGGCAUUUAGGGUUAGGGUUCCGGAGACCGAGGAUAUGGGACAUGAUGGAGACGCCCCGGAAGGAGAUGCGCCAUCAGAGAACGACGGUGGGGAUUGGAACGAUCAGAAUGGACGGUGUGGAUUGCUCGAGGAUGGAGGAGUUCGAACGUGGCUGAGCCGGCUGGGUUUGGAUCGCUACGCUCCAUUGUUUGAGAUCCAUGAAGUGGACGAUGAGGUGCUUCCUUUGCUCACGAUGGAAGAUUUGAAGGACAUGGGGAUCAACGCCAUUGGGUCGAGGAGGAAGAUGUACUGUGCCAUUCAAAAGCUCAAGAAGGGAUUGCAGCAAGAGUCCUUGCAUGAAGAGUGUGGUUAACUACAAACAAAGUUGUGGCUUUUUGCUGGGAAGGAUGGAAUUACUUGCCUGAAAUGGUCUGAGCAUAAAAUAUUAUGAAUGGCAACUGAACGCAAUACUAGGAAAUUUUCAAUUUUGGUUGAUCGGUGCCUGGUUGGAUCUCUGUGACACCUUGACAUUUCAAUUUUAGUCUAUGUGGUUGGAAUGUAUUGCUCAAAUGGCUCCAUCACAACAUGGUUGGCGAGGAACUGGCUUUGGGCAUUGGUGCGUGGGUAUGGGAUGUUGUGGCAUAGUUGGCACGAAACAGAGGAUGAACAAUGUAUACUGUGGCGAGCUUCCAGUAAGAUGUGAAAAUUGAAUUGGAUGGUCCAUGCUUAUGGGAUCCCUAAUGUAAUCUGGGAACUACUACUGCUUAUUGAAACACAAGAUGGGACCCAAAUUUUAAAUAGGCCCGUAUUGUUACACGCAUUUGUUAUUGAUUUGCUCUGGAAUCUGAAAUUUAUGGCAUAGAUUUUCAUCUGGAAUACGUAAUUCUUUGAUGUCAUUUUCUUUUAAUGAGAACUCUAUUGUUUCUUCCGAAAAUACACGAGACUUCUACUGUCAUCAGCUAUGGUAUCACAAAUGCUCAGUUGUCUACCGAUGUGCUGUUUCUGAAUCUUUUUUGAUAUAUUGAUUUCAGAUAAGAAUGGAUUAGUAAAGAAAACUGAUCUUCCAGCUUUUUGUUAAACUGAAAUUAUGUAAAGAUCAUGUGUGUAUAUUGAUGGAAAUGCUUACGGUUGCUGGUUGUCUUCAUGAACUAUGCUAUUGUUGGAUCCCCUUUUAUGGGCAGCAAAAAAUCUUGAAGUCAAUUUUGUACCAUUAUUAUACUUCUCUUUGCAAUUUUUAUGAAGAGAAUAAUUGAUUCUUGUUUCGCUGAGACAUAUCUGGUGCUACAUUUGUAGCAUAAUUAUACUUCUUUUUUCCUAUUUUCUAUUUGCAUUUUCCUCAACCAUAUUUUUCUUUAAUAACAUUGCUCUGUGCUACAUACAUUUGUAGCAUAACAUUAUACAUUUGUAGCAUAAUUAUACUGAUCUUCCAGCUUUUUGUUAAACUGAAAUUAUGUAAAGAUCAUGUGUGUAUAUUAAUGGAAAUGCUUACGGUUGCUGGUUGUCUUCAUGAACUAUGCUAUUGUUGGAUCCCCUUUUAUGGGCAGCAAAAAAUCUUGAAGUCAAUUUUGUACCAUUAUUAUACUUCUCUUUGCAAUUUUUAUGAAGAGACCAAUUGAUUCUUGUUUAGCUGAGACAUAUCUGCUGCUACAUUUGUAGCAUAAUUAUACUUCUUUUUUCCUAUUUUCUAUUUGCAUUUUCCUCAACCAUAUUUUUCUUUAAUAGCAUUGCUCUGUGCUACCGAAGUGGUUCUCUUUAUCUGUCCAUUCUUUCUGUGUCUACAGGUUACUGAUCAACCUUAUGUUUGUGAUACUUGCUUUUGUGCUUGUUUCAGCUCUCAGUCCACAAGUUUCACACUUUAUAUUCCUGGCACCAGCAAUGGCUGUCUCUCAUUCCGACUAUUUGUUAUGCAUUGCGUUCUUCCAUAUCAGAGUGCAGCAAAAAGGAGUUUAAAUGAAGAAAGUAAAGUUCAAGUCAGUGGAAAGAAUUGAUGCGACACUGCUGAUGAAGAAAUAUUGCAGCAGGAACUGGAAUUUGUCAGAUAGCAGCAAUUCAGCAAAGGAGAAAGAAAAGGAAUUAAUUAUACUUCUUGAUGUCAUCUGUCUUUGGCUGUUCCUGAAUGGAUUAGAAUGAGAAAGAAUAGAAGUCGAUGCACUAGGAUUGCUCCUCUGCGACCUGGAAGAUCAGACCUCGAGUCAAUGGGAUGAGGUUCAUCGGCGUGGAGGUUCGUGCACUUGGCCAUCCUUUUUUGGUUCGUGCACUUGGCCAUCCUUUUUUCCUCUCCUGUAGUGCAAUGUCAUGAGAUGGUUGAUGCUCGGUGUGUCAGGGAGUAUCAUCGGAGCUACGUCGCCGGAGAACCAUAUGUUAUCUCUAACAUACUCCAAUGUCCACAAGGGAAGCAUCACUUGAUCUCUGCAUGUGAUCUCCACCUGGUUCAAGUUUUAGCAUCAAUGUUUGAUAUGUGUGUCCAAUUGAAGAGAGCUACAGAAUCUGUUUGCAACUCUAUGAAUAGAGCAUCAAUAGCAUGA